AUGAAUCCGUCUCUCCACUUCCUACGUCGGCGCUGCCUCCGCACCGGCCGGCAGCUGCUGGUGUCGGGCGCAGGCUCCGCAACCGCCCCUGCCUCUUUGCAGUUUCAGCGACAAGCGAGGAACUUCCUGAGCAGCGCCGCGGCGCUGCAGCCGAAGGCCGGACCUGCGCCCGAGUAUCGCCGCGUGCCCUUCGUCAAGGAGGACAUGGAGAAGGUCAUGGAGGAAGUCCCCGAGUUCAAGUACUACUACGUCGGGAAGGAGAACACCCGGGGAAACAUCUACGAAGGUGUCCCCCUCGACAGAACCAUUCUGCAGCCCUCGGAGCUCCGCGACUACGUGCCGCCUAACAGCAACCUGCAGUACUCGAAGCUCGACAAUGGCCUGCGCAUCGCGUCUAUGGAUCGCGGCGGCCUCACCGCGUCCCUGGGCCUUUUCGUGCAUGCGGGGAGCCGCUUCGAGGACGUGACGAACUUCGGCGUAACUCACAUGAUUCAGAACCUCGCCUUCGCCUCCACUGGCCAUCUCUCCCUCCUUAGAACCGUCAAGACCAUCGAAGUCCUCGGCGCCAACGGAGGCUGCAUCUCCGGCAGGGAGCACCUCGUCUACAGCGCGGAGUGCCUCCGCACGCACAUGCCGUUGCUCGUUCCAAUGCUGACUGGAAACGUUCUCUUCCCUCGCCUGCUGCCCUGGGAGUUGAAGGCGUGCAAGGAGAAGCUCAUCAUGGCUCGCAAGCGCCUCGAGCUGAUGCCCGAUCAGAUGGUUUCUGAGCUGCUGCACACCACGGCGUGGCACAACAACACCUUGGGCAACAAGCUCCACUGCACCGAGCGCAGCCUCGGUCACUACAACCCCGACGUGAUUCGCCACUACAUGCUUCAGCACUUCUCUCCCGAGAACAUGGUCUUUGUCGGCGUGAACGUGAAUCACGACGAGCUCUGCAACUGGCUGAUGCGCGCGUUUGUCGACUACAACGCCAUUCCGCCGACUCCGCGGACUAUCCAGAAGCCCGUCUACACUGGAGGCGACGUCCGGAUGGAAACCGCCUCCGCGCAUGCGCACAUCGCCAUUGCCUUCGAGACACCUGGCGGCUGGAACGGCGGCGACCUCGUCGCGUACUCGGUGCUGCAGACGAUCAUCGGCGGCGGCGGCGCUUUCUCGACUGGCGGACCGGGAAAGGGCAUGUACACGCGCCUGUACCUGAACGUGUUGAACGAAAACGAAUGGGUCGAGAGCGCCAUGGCCUUCAACACGCAGUACACAGACUCAGGCAUCUACGGUCUCUACAUGCUCGCUGACCCGACCAAGUCGGCGAACGCGGUGCGCGUGAUGGCUGAGCAGUUCGGGAAGAUGGGCACCGUGACGAAGGAGGAACUGAGCCGCGCGAAGAACUCGCUCAAGUCCUCGAUCUUCAUGAACCUCGAAUGCCGCGGCAUCGUCAUGGAGGACGUCGGCCGCCAGCUCCUCAUGAGCGACCGCGUCGUCUCGCCCCAGGAAUUCUGCAACGCGAUCGACGCCGUGACUGAAGCCGAUAUCAAGCGCGUCGUUGACGCGAUGUAUAAGAAGCCGCCGACUGUCGUGGCGUACGGUGACGUCUCGACUGUGCCGCACUACGAGGAGAUCCGGGCGGCGCUCAAGUCCGCUGGCGUCGGCAAAUGA